GGGACUUAGCUGGGUUAGCUUGCUCGCGCUUGGGAAGCGAUAUCAUGUGACAGAUUCCACACGGUGAAAUUCCCCAGUAUGGCGGAGCCAGAGAAAUGCACUGAUGGCUUGUAACCCGAUUUUCAGUUCAGGUCUUGUCUCACUAAUAUCAGUUUUUGGAAUAGUUUAAAGUCCAAUCUGUUUUAACGGUUAGAAUCGUUACUCUUUAUAUUUCCUACAAUUAUGGCGGACCGAGGCAUGGAUCUAUCGUCUCUACCUAAAGAGGUCAGGGACCAGUUGGCUGAGUUGGAUUUGGAGCUAUCCGAAGGUGACAUCACUCAGAAGGGAUAUGAGAAGAAAAGAGGGAAGCUGCUGGCUCCAUUCAUCCCUCAGAAUCGCAGUGUGGAUCCUGCCCUACAGAGUGACCAUCGAGGCUCCGGUCCCAGUUCCGCUCCCACCUCGGCUCCGCCUCCCUCCUCCUCCUCCUCCUCCAAUCGCAACCAUCGCUCCCACCGGUCCCACCGCAGCGGGGGCGCCCGGGAUGACCGCUACCGAUCCGAUAUCCACACUGAGGCUGUGCAGGCAGCUCUGGCUCUGCACAAAGCACAGAAGAUGGCUCUGCCCAUGCCCACCAAGCGGCGGUCUACCAAAGCCCAAUCAGCAAUCACCUCCACCCCUCCCGACACCUCCUCAGCCUCGGAGGACGAGGGCUCCCUGCGGAGGCGGGCGUCGCUGAACGCAGUGCUGUCCCAGAACAUGCAGGGCCCAGACUGCUGGAUCAACCGCGCCGUGCAGCCCUCCUCCACCUCCUCCUCCGCCUCCUCCACCCUGUCGCACGGAGAGGGCCGAGUCCAGCCCGCCGUGCUCGCCGACGUGCUCGCCAACACCCGCAUCGGCUCGUCGGAGAACGCCAGCGUGCCUCCGGACGUGACCUCGACGGCGGCGCAGGAGCGGGGCGUCCGGGUCGACCUGCCCCCCACCCCACCCGUCCGCGGCGUCAGCCGGGUCCCGAACCGCUCCAGCCUCAUGGAGACCGCCGACGGUGUCCCCGUAAACAGCAGGGUCUCCACCAAGAUCCAGCAGCUGCUCAAUACCCUCAAACGCCCCAAGAGGCCGCCACUGAGCGAGUUUUUUGUGGACGACGCCGAAGAGAUUGUGGAGGUACCCCAGCCUGACCCCAACACCCCAAAGCCCGAGGGCCGCCAGAUCGUCCCGGUGAAGGGGGAGCCCCUGGGCGUGGUGAGCAACUGGCCCCCGGCUCUCCAGGCGGCCCUUGCCCGCUGGGGGGCCACGCAAGCCAAGAGCCCCGCCCUCACGGCCCUGGACAUCACCGGCAAGACCCUGUACACGCUGACCUACGGAAAACUGUGGACCCGCAGUGUGAAGUUAGCAUACACCCUCCUCAACAGACUGGGAACCAAAAACGAGCAGGUGCUGAAGGCUGGAGAUCGGGUGGCCCUGGUCUAUCCCAACAGUGACCCUGGGAUGUUCUGGGUGGCCUUUUAUGGCUGCCUGCUCGCCGAGGUCAUCCCCGUGCCCAUAGAGGUGCCCCUGUCUCGCAAAGAUGCAGGAAGUCAGCAGAUUGGUUUCCUGCUUGGUAGCUGUGGAGUGGGCCUGGCCUUGACCAGUGAAGUCUGUUUGAAAGGACUGCCCAAGACCCCCAACGGAGAAAUACUUCAGUUCAAAGGUUGGCCACGGCUAAAGUGGGUGGUGACCGACUCAAAGUACCUGACAAAGCCCUCCAAGGACUGGCAGCCCCACAUACCGACCGCCAACACUGACCCUGCCUACAUUGAGUACAAAGCCAGCAAGGAGGGCACGGUGAUGGGCGUGGCCGUGUCAAAGAUCGCCAUGCUGACGCACUGCCAGGCUCUGACGCAGGCGUGCAACUACUGUGAAGGAGAAACUAUGGUCAAUGUGCUGGACUUUAAGAAAGACAUGGGAUUGUGGCACGGCGUGCUCACGAGCGUUAUGAACCGCAUCCACACCGUCAGCGUCCCCUACGCCGUGAUGAAGGCCUGCCCACUCUCCUGGGUCCAGAGAGUUCACACCCACAAAGCUCGGGUGGCUCUGGUUAAGUGCCGGGACCUUCACUGGGCCAUGAUGGCUCACAGGGACCAGCGGGACACCAACCUGUCGUCUCUGCGCAUGCUGAUCGUGGCGGACGGUGCCAACCCCUGGUCGGUGUCCUCCUGCGACGCCUUCCUGAACGUCUUCCUGGUUCACGGGCUGAAGCCUGAGGUCAUCUGCCCCUGCGCCACGUCCCCCGAGGCCAUGACCGUGGCCAUCCGCAGGCCAGGGGUUCCUGGGGCGCCCCUCCCUGCCCGGGCCAUCCUGUCCAUGGGGGGGCUGAGCCACGGAGUGAUCCGCGUCAACACGGAGGACAAGAACUCCGCGCUGACCGUGCAGGACGUGGGACACAUAAUGCCCGGAGCCCUCAUGUGCAUUGUGAAGCCAGACGGUCCGCCCCAGCUGUGUAAAACGGAUGAGAUCGGAGAGAUUCUGGUGAACUCUCGCGCUGGAGGGACCAUGUACUACGGCCUGUCAGGGGUCACCAAAAACACGUUUGAGGUGAUUCCCGUGAACUCCAGUGGUACCCCGAUAGGAGAGAUUCCCUUCGUACGGUCCGGCCUCCUGGGUUUCGUGGGGCCGGGCAGCCUGGUGUUCGUGGUGGGCCGGCUGGAGGGCCUGCUGAUGGUGAGCGGCCGGAGGCACAAUGCGGACGACCUGGUGGCCACGGCGCUGGCCGUGGAGCCGAUGAAGACCGUGUACCGCGGGAGGAUCGCGGUCUUCUCUGUGACGGUGUUCUACGAUGAGAGGAUCGUGAUCGUGGCGGAGCAGAGGCCGGAUGCCAGUGAAGAAGACAGCUUCCAGUGGAUGAGCCGAGUUCUGCAGGCCAUAGACAGCAUCCACCAAGUGGGUCUGUACUGUCUGGCUCUGGUUCCUGCCAACACCCUCCCCAAAACACCACUUGGCGGCAUCCACGUCUCUGAAACCAAGCAGCACUUCCUGGACGGCCACCUGCACCCCUGCAACAUUCUGAUGUGCCCCCACACCUGUGUGACCAACCUUCCCAAACCGCGACAAAAACAGCCAGUGGGGGUGGGGCCAGCCUCCAUCAUGGUCGGUAACCUGGUGGCGGGAAAGAGAAUUGCACAGGCAGCCGGGCGGGAGCUGGGCCUGAUUGAUGACCAGGAGCUGGUCCGGAAGCUCUGUCUGUGGCCCACCAUGAUGCACCAGUACCUGGCCGAGGCCUUGCAGUGGAGAGCCAGCUCAGACCCAGACCACGUCCUGUUUGUGCUUCUCAAUGCGAAGGGCGUGGCCGUGAGCACUGCCUCCUGUGUGCAGCUGCACAAGCGGGCGGAGAAGAUCGCCUCUGCCCUGAUGGAGAAGGGCAGCAUCAACACCGGAGACAACGUGGUGCUUCUGUACCCUCCUGGUAUUGAUCUGAUCGCCUCCUUCUACGGGUGCCUCUACGCCGGCUGCGUCCCUGCCACCGUUCGACCCCCCCACCCGCAAAACCUGGCAGCCACCCUGCCCACUGUCCGCAUGAUCAUCGACGUGAGCAAAGCAGCCUGUAUUCUCACCACUCAGGCCCUGGUGAGGAUCCUCAGGUCAAAGGAAGCAGCGGCCUCAGUCAACAUAAAGACCUGGCCCACCAUCAUAGACACAGAUGACCUCCCAAGAAGACGUCCCCCUCAGCUCUACAAGCCGCCCACCGCUGAGAUGUUGGCCUACCUGGACUUCAGCGUGUCCACCACAGGGAUGCUGACCGGUGUUAAGGUGUCCCACGCGGCCGUCAGCGCCCUCUGCCGCUCCAUCAAGCUGCAGUGCGAGCUGUACUCCACCCGCCAAGUCGCCAUCUGCCUGGACCCCUACUGCGGCCUGGGCUUCGUCAUGUGGUGCCUCUGCAGUGUGUACUCAGGGCACCAGUCCAUCCUGAUCCCUCCUUUGGAGCUGGAGAGUGCCCUGCCUCUGUGGCUGAGCACGCUCAGUCAGUACCGCAUCAGAGACACCUUCUGCUCCUACUCUGUGAUGGAGCUCUGCACCAAGGGCCUGGGCACCCAAACCGAAACGCUGAAGGCUCGGGGUCUGAAUCUGACCUGUGUGCGCAGCUGUGUGGUGAUCGCAGAGGAGCGCCCCCGUCUGGCGCUCACGCAGUCCUUCUCCAAACUCUUCAAAGACCUGGGCCUGUCCCCCCGGGCCGUCAGCACCGCCUUCGGGUCCCGGGUCAACCUGGCCAUCGGCCUGCAGGGCACCGCUGGGCCGGAUCCUUCCAUCGUCUACGUGGACAUGAAGUCGCUCCGCCAUGACAGGGUGCGCCUGGUGGAGCGGGGAGCCCCCCAGAGUCUUCCCCUCAUGGAGUCCGGCACAAUCCUCCCUGGAGUGCGAGUGAUCAUUGUGAACCCAGAGACUCGGGGCCCACUUGGGGACUCCCAUCUCGGGGAGAUCUGGGUGAACAGCCCCCACAGCGCCAGCGGCUACUACACCAUCUACGGGGAGGAGAGCCUGCAGGCCGACCACUUCAACACCAAGCUGAGCUUCGGCGACCCCCACACCCUGUGGGCCCGGACCGGCUACCUGGGCUUCGUCAAGCGGACCGAGCUGCUGGACGCCAGCGGAGAUCGCCAUGACGCCCUGUUUGUGGUGGGCUCCCUGGACGAGACUCUGGAGCUGAGAGGGCUGCGCUACCACCCCAUCGACAUCGAGACGUCGGUGUCCCGCGCACACCGCAGCAUCGGGGAGAGCGCUGUCUUCACCUGGACCAACCUGCUGGUGGUGGUGUCCGAGCUGUGCGGGUCGGAGCAGGACGCCCUGGACCUGGUGCCCCUGGUGACCAACGUGGUCCUGGAGGAGCACCACCUCAUCGUGGGCGUGGUGGUGGUGGUGGACCCCGGGGUGAUCCCCAUCAACUCCAGGGGGGAGAAGCAGAGGAUGCACCUGAGAGACUCCUUCCUGGCCGAUCAGCUGGACCCUAUUUACGUGGCGUACAACAUGUGAGGGCCGCGGGACACGCCUCGCCCGGCGGUGUGUUCAGGCCACGCGGUGGGAGGGGGCUGAAUUUUGGGAGGCUUAACGACAGCGGCCCCUUCUUCGCCAGUGUGUGCGGAGCGGAGACGUAGGACCGGCUUUUUGCUAAACUUGCACGUAAAAACUCAAAGUUCUUCCACCAGCCUCUCAGUCCAUCGGUGGAUGGUCGUAAAGGGGCAGACACCUCCCACGCUGCUCGUGUCCAGUGUCUGGCCCCUCCCCCGUCUCCUCCCCCUCCCCUUAGCAUUCCUCUUUCCUGCUUUCUUUGCACCUGUGGAUUAGCCACACCCCAAGGCAUGCGCUCUUCCAUGAUUUUGAUCAUCUGCCUGUUUGAGUGAGAUUUACCCACUGCAAAGGGGAGGGGGAAGAGGGCAGCGGGAGUGAGAUUUACCCGCUGUGGAGGGGAGGGGGAAGAGGGCAGCGGGAGUGAGAUUUACCCACUGUGGAGGGGAGGGGGAAGGGGGCAGCAGGAGUGAGAUUUACCCGCUGCGGAGGGGAGGGGGAAGAGGGCAGUGGGAGUGAGAUUUACCCGCUGCAGAGGGGAGGGAGAAGAGGGCAGUGGGAGUGAGAUUUACCCACUGUGGAGG